AUGUCGAGCCAAAAACCACCUCAGCGCUUGGAUGCACUGGAGAGUAUGGUCAAUGAUGUGGUUGUUCAGACUGCAAAGGCUAUCAGGUCAAGUAGGGUUGAUGGACCGCGAGCCGUGCCAGCAGUCUCGCAUGGCCAGCGGAUACAGGAUCUGCACAAUAACUUCAACUCGGUCCUUGACGACAUGGAAAGCGAAAUUAUGAGGGUAAAAGCAAUCCUCCAGCGUGAUUUGGAUCUCAUGCGGGCGAAACGCCGCCUCGCCGUGAUCCCGGAACCCGUCAUGCUGUCGCAGCCGGUCGCAGUCACCGCCCCAGAGGCCCCUGUCUCAUCAGGUCCUCCACAGCCUGGCGUCGUGCCGUCGGCAGCAUCGGCGCCGCCCCAACCCCGACUUCAACUCAAGCAGCAGCCAUUGGUGUCAGCCGCCACUUCCAAUGCUGCUGCACGACCGCCUGUCGCAAAAAUGAAUGCCGGUGGUGCCCCGUUCCCUAAUAUGGGUGUUGGACACACGCCACAGGCCGGCGCCGUCAAGAUGAAGACUGAGUCGCCACCCAAGCCAUCGCCAGCCGCUUUGAAUGUUCCAGGAAAACCACCUGUCCAGAAAGGGGGGGCGCCGCCGAUGGUCAAGACGGCAUCUGCUCCUGGUGCUAACGCUUCUGCCGUCAAGAAGGAAUCACCAGGCAUCAAACACGCAAGCGUUGCCACAGCAAAGACAGGCUCGCCAGCCCUCAAGACCUCGACGCCUGUACCUCCAAUCAAGAAAACCUCUCCUGUUUCCGCCCCAGUGAAGCCGUCACCAAAGGCGACUCCUCCACCCGCUGCUGCCACUGUGCCACCGCCGCAGGCAGCAGCGAAGGUGGCUCCUGCGCAGGCCGCUGCCCCUCAACCCAAACCACAGCCUAGUUCGAUUCAGCCUGCAGACUCCAUGGACGGCAUCAUAGACUUGACCAAUCCUGCUACCCUGCAAAACGGCACUGGAGGCAUUGGUGCUGGGGCACCACCUCCACCUUCGGGAGCGGCUCCCCAGCUAAACUUUACAAACAUGCAGUUCUCACUUGCUCCACCACUCAGCGCUACAGAGCCCCCGAACCCUUCAGGAGGCGACACCGACUUUGAUCUCGACAGCUUCAUCACCGAUGCCACCAACAACCUCCUGACGGACCAGUUCGCGGGCGGCAAUGGAACCGGCUCAGGCGCUGGACCGCCACCAGCCAGCGGCACUACCGGCGAUCCUAUGGAUACCUCUGGCGGAGUUGGCGAGACGUCAACCAAGGUUGGUGUCAACUCCAUGGACAAGGAGAUUGAUGAUCUACUUCGACUUGACGGACCCAUGGACCUGUCUUCUGCCGACGCUGCUGGUGGUUCGAGCUUCGACGACAUGUGGAUCGGGGCGGGAAAUACCAACAUGGGCGAGUUUGACAGUUCUUACUUUGAGAUGUGA